GGACUAGAGACCCCCGCAUGAGAGCAGCUGUGUCCCCAGCCCGGGUUGUCACCGCGGUCUUGAUGCGUAGCAGGUAAAGGAGAUCAUCUGAUUACCUGGCAUCGGAUGGAAGCCGGAGGCGGGCGUACAGCAUGAGUGCGGCAGUAUCUCAGCAUCAGGCUGUGCCGAGCCACCUUGAGAAGCCGGCUGGAAAUGCAAUCCUCUGUAGUAACUGCGGAAUUGCCUGCAAAGGGGAAGUUCUGAGAGUGCAGAAUAAGUAUUUCCAUAUCAAAUGCUUCAAAUGUAAAGUCUGCGGAUGUGACCUGGCCCAGGGAGGGUUCUUUGUGCGGCAAGGAGAUUACAUUUGUACACAGGACUAUCAGAGGCUGCAUGGAACCAGAUGCUUCAGCUGCGAUGAGUUCAUUGAAGGGGAGGUGGUCUCUGCACUAGGAAAAACCUAUCAUCCUCGCUGUUUUGUAUGCGUUGUGUGCAGAAAUCCAUUUCCUCCUGGCGACCGUGUGACUUUUAAUGGAAAGGAGUGCAUAUGCCAAAAAUGUACCAUCUCACCCAGUGUCGGUAACAGUAAUCUCUCUCUCCAGUCUCUCAGAAACUGUGGUGGUUGUGGCUUGGAAAUAAAAAAUGGCCAAUCAUUGGUAGCCCUAGAAAAACACUGGCACUUGGACUGUUUCAAAUGCAAAACCUGUGGGAUCUAUUUAAAGGCAGAAUACAUCAGCAAAGAUGGAAUCCCUUACUGUGAAAUGGACUAUCAUGCUAAUUUUGGCAUCAAAUGUGAUCACUGCGAGAAGUUCAUUACAGGCCGAGUUCUCGAGGCUGGUGAAAAACACUAUCACCCAACCUGUGCGCGAUGUGUUCGAUGUAAUCAGAUGUUUGCUGAAGGCGAGGAGAUGUACCUUCAAGGGGACUCAAUAUGGCAUCCAAUCUGUAGACAAGCUGCCAAAACAGAAGAAAGAAACAAGGAGACAAGAACUUCCUCAGAGAGCAUCAUAUCAGUCCCUGCGUCAAGUACCUCUGGGUCCCCAAGUAGAGUUAUUUAUGCAAAGCUUGGCGAUGAGAUCAUUGACUACAAAGAUUUGGCAGCUCUACCUAAAGAUAAAGCCAUCUAUAAUAUUGACCGUCCUGACAUGAUCUCCUAUUCUCCGUACAUCAGUUAUGCAGCAGACGACAGGCAUAGUUAUGGAGAGGGAGAUCUUGAUGAUCGGUCACUAAAACAGUACCGAGCGUCCAGCCCGAGCUCCACUGGCUCCGUGGGUUAUGGCCGCUAUACUCCGACAUCUCAUUCACCUCAACAUUACAGCAGACCAGUUGGUACUGAGCCUUUUGGUACCAGCAGCUGCACAUCUCUGUCCCAACAUACAAGCCCCACAUCUACAUUCAGGCAUCAUUACAUCCCUUUCUUCAAAGGCAGUGAAAGUGGCCGGAGUACCCCCAGCUUAUCUAUGUGCUCAGACACCAAAUCCACAUCUUCUUCCUAUCAGCAGGCGCCCAGACAUUUCCAUCUUCCAGACACUGGAAGUAAAGAUAACAUCUAUAGGAAACCCCCUAUCUACAAACAGCAUGCAUCCAGGAGGUCUGUGGGAGAGGAGCUCAACAUGGAUCCAGAAAGCAGAAAGGCUAAAACAAGCUGGCUGAUUCUGAAGGGAGAGGUGGAUGCCAAUUCUACAGACGCAGACACACAGUCACUCUGCCUCAGUACCGGAGCCUACAGAGAUUCAUCCCAGAGAAACGUGGGAGAUUCCUCCUACUCAGGGCUGCCUUACUCCAAGUCUGCAUCACUUCCUGGAUAUGGAAAAAAUGGACUAAACCGGGCUACCAAUUUUGGUCAGUAUGUGGAGGAUGAUGAUACCAGCUGGGGCAUGAAAGAGUACAAGACCUUUCCCUAUGAAAUGCUGAUUGUAACAAACCAACUGCGGGUGAAGCUCCCGAAAGAAGUGGAUAGAACCAGACUGGAGAGACAUUUGUCACCGGAGGAAUUUCUGCAUGUCUUUGGAAUGACUAUUGAAGAGUUUGACCGCCUUGCACUGUGGAAGAAGAAUGACCUAAAGAAGAAAGCUUUGCUUUUCUAGUCUCUGCUACAACCUCACCGCUGCCAGAACUACAACCUGCUCCCACCGUCACCUUGUUGCAACUCUUAUUUCGGAAGAGAAAGGCGAGACGGAUCCACGGGGCCAGCCAGUACGUUCACCAGUUUUCAGCCAUGCCAACAUCCACUCUGUGUUGCUUUAUUGACAGUAUUUUGUGCAGCCCAGGAACAAAACACCACUGACCACUGUAAAUGAGGAUUACUACAUCUGUAUGUAUAUCUCAUGUAUUCCCAUUGACCAUGUCAUUCAGAUUGGUUUGAUAUAUGCAUUGAAGGCCAAAGACUCCCAUGUCAGCCGUAAUUGCACCCAUAUACAUUAUUACAGAUUGUAUAGAGAAC